AUGCACAUUCAUCGUCUGCUCUUCUCCCUCGCUCUGCUGGGCGCGUCGGCAUCGGCGCUCGCAGCGUCCGCGUCUACUGUCAAUAACGAUGCGACCACUCAGAUUGAUCCUGACGACUGCCCUGGGUACGAUGCGCAGAAUGUCUCCUGGGUGGGAGAUUCUAGGCUGACCGCCGACCUCGUCCUUCGUGCACCCUGUGCGCUUUUUGGCACUGGCACGGGAGCUGGUGGCAAGGACCACGAUGUGGAAAGACUGAAGUUGGAGGUUGUCGUCGAGACCCAAAACCGCGUCCAUCUCAAAAUCACCGAUCCAACGACGAAACGCUUCGAGGUCCCGGAGUCCGUCUUUCCUCGGCCCUCUCCAUCUCGUGGACCCGUGGACAGACGUACGGCGGACCUCCGAUUCACGUAUACCGCGUCCCCAUUCUCAUUUACCAUCUCGCGCUCUUCCUCAAAUGAAACCAUUUUCUCAACAAGCGCCCACCCGCUCAUAUUCCACCCCCAAUACGUCCGCGUCAAGACCUCCCUCCCACAAAACCCAAAUAUCUACGGGUUGGGCGAGCAUACCGAGGCAUUCCGCUUGGACCCCAUCACGUCUUCCACCUCCACUUCAUCGAAUACUAGCAGCAGUUCUACGGUGACGCUGACGCGGACAUUCUGGGCACGCGAUGCAUUUGGGAUCCCGCAAGGCACGAACCUCUAUGGCACACAUCCCAUCUAUUUCGAGCACAGAGUCGGCGGGACCCAUGGUGUGAUGUUUCUCAGCUCUGAGGGGAUGGACGUUAAGAUAUCCAAGACGACUUCAACUGACAAUGCCAACGAGAAAUGGGCUUUGGAAUAUACGGCAAUUGGCGGGAUCGUAGAUCUUUACUUCCUCUCCGGGAACCCCGACACUACCUCCCACUUGGGUAACCCGUCUUCCACCGCUUCUGAAUCCACUUCCCUGAAUCGCGCCAACGUAAAUACACCGAUUGAACUUGCCAAGCAAUAUGCCCAACUCGUAGGCCUACCCGCUGAAGUACCUUACUGGUCUUUUGGGUUGCAUCAAUGUCGAUUUGGGUAUCAAAAUUUUGUGGACGUCGCGGAGGUGAUAGGCAAUUAUUCAGAGGCAGGGAUCCCGCUUGAGACCAUGUGGACCGAUAUCGACUACAUGCACGGCCGCAGGAUCUUCACGCUCGACCCCGACUACUUCCCCAAACAGCGUAUGAGGGAGAUUGUAAAGUUUUUACAUGAGAGGGAUCAGAAGUUUGUCUUGAUGACCGACCCCGCUGUUGCGUAUACUCCUCAAGAAACGGGCGCAGACGGGUAUUUACCGUAUACGCGGGGCACGACGCUCGAUGUCUGGCUCAAGGCCACUAGCAACUCAAGCGGAAGUGUGGGGGAAGGAGGUGUUAGUCUAGGACUCGUGUGGCCGGGAGUUACCGUCUACCCAGAUUGGUUUCAUCCCAAAGCCCAGGAUUACUGGACCAAUGAAUUCAAGAUAUUUUAUGAUCCCGAGGACGGGAUUGACAUCGACGGCGCGUGGAUCGAUAUGAAUGAACCCGCUAGCUUCUGCAACCUCCCAUGCACGGAUAUAUUCGAUCAAGCUGUUCAGCAGGCAUUGCCUCCCCCACGAUCAUCUCCACCUCCUGAUCCCAAUACUCCCAUCUUUGGUGAUGCCGAUAACAACACAAAAAGAGGAGAAACUGCCAUCUACCGUCAACAUAUCGGCUUGAAUCGCAGACAACCCGAAGACGAUCGAGACGUAUUGAAUCCGCCAUAUGCCAUCAACAACGCCGCUGGCGCGCUAUCCAGCAAAACCGCGUUUGUCGACGCCAUCCACGCGAACGGUGUCCUCGAAUACGAUGCGCACAACCUCUACGGUACCAUGAUGUCCACCGCCACCCGCAACGCCAUGCUUGCCCGCCGCCCAGGUCUCCGCACUCUCGUCAUUACGCGCUCCACGUUCGCUGGCGCGGGGAGCCACGUGGGGAAAUGGCUCGGUGACAAUGUGAGCGCAUGGGAUCAGUACAGGAAGUCUAUCGCGGGGAUGCUGGGCAUGGCGAGCGUGUUUCAGGUCCCGAUGGUCGGAAGCGAUAUUUGCGGGUAUUCCGGGAACACAACAGAGACAUUAUGCGCGAGAUGGGCAAUGCUGGGGGCGUUUUACCCAUUCAUGCGGAACCACAAUUCAGAUACGUCAAUUAGCCAAGAAUACUACCGCUGGCCUCUUGUGACUGAAGCUGCCAAGAACGCCAUCGAUAUUCGGUACCGUCUCUUGGACUACCUCUAUACCGCGUUCCACCAAGCCCACCUGGACGGAACGCCCGUUGUGCACCCACUAUGGUUCAAAUAUCCCAAGGACCCCGCGACGUUCGCGCUAGACCUUCAAUUCUUCUUCGGCGACUCCGUCCUUGUCUCCCCCGUAACCCAAGAAAACACGACUUCUGUCUCAGUAUAUCUCCCGCGUGACACCUUCUACGACUUUCAUACACUUGCACCCGUGCAAGGGGAGGGCUCCACCAUCACAUUGGACGAUAUCCCCUACACACAGAUUCCACUGCACAUCAAGGGCGGGGCGGUGCUGCCGUUGCGUGCGAGGUCGGCGAUGACCACUACGGCGUUGAGGAAGGAGGAUUUCGAAUUCGUUGUGGCCAUUGGAGGUGAUGGGAAAGCGGAAGGGGCGCUUUAUGUGGAUGAUGGGGUUUCGAUUCAGCCGGCGUCGACGACGAAUGUGAAAAUGACAUUUGGGGGUGCGAGGCUUGAUGUUCGCGGAACGUUUGGAUUUAAGACGGGGGUUGCGGUGCAGAGGGUUAGGUUCCUUGGUGUUCAAAGAGCACCAAAAGUGGCGCAAGUCAAUGGGCGUCGGGUCGCUUUUGAGUACGAAGCAGCAACGAAGGUUUUGGACGUCAGUGUUGGGUUGCCACUCGACGGGAAUUUCUGGGUAUCGUUCGCUUGA